GCGAGACGCUCUCUGACUCGUAAAUACCACGUCAUGUCAUUGGAUUGAACCUUCAGCGUGCGCUUGACAUCCGGAUAAAAGUGCAUCGUUAAAACGUGAUAUAGAAAGGAACAGGUGGUAGUUUUAAUAUAUUCAGCGUCUCCGUGAUACUAGCUGGCACUUGCAGCAUCCUCAGACACACCAUUAGACCUGAAAGAAAGUCAGAAUGGCUUUGACAGCUACAUGCAGCAGGUCAGGCUUUGUCAAACGCAAGUUUCUGUAUUGGAGGCAAACCAACAGUCUGUUGUUUUCAACUAAUGACUCUAUUGUAGCUGACCGAGGGAAGCCCUCAUCAAAGAAACGGUGGAGAAAAUGUCCCCAGAAACCUCCCUGGACUGAUCCUCUGUCCUGGAAUGAGAGGCUGGCUGAUGUGGUCACCCCUCUGUGGAGGCUGACUUAUGAUGAGCAACUUGAGCUCAAGCAAAAGCACCAGGAAAGGAUACUGUCUCAGCUCUGUGGUUAUCUCUCAGGGGAUUUACAUUCACAGCCCCCAUCACCUGUCAGAAGUAAACUCCGAUUUCCUGUCCUGACUGUCCUGCCGUCGCCAGUUAGAGAUGGCUAUCGCAACAAAUCUACGUUUUCUGUCAACAGAGGCAUGGACGGAAAUCCAAAAACAGUUGGAUUUUACGUGGGCACAAACAGGAUGGGAAACAUUGUCUGCGUCAACGGAGACCACCUGCUCAACAUGCCUGAGAAGCACAAACUGGUAGCCAGGUGCUACCAGGAAUUCAUCCGCCUCUCUUCCCUGGAGCCGUGCCUGCUGUUCCACACUGGGGGCCACUGGAGGGAGAUCACCGUGAGGACCAACACGAAGGGCCAGACCAUGGCUAUAGUGUACUUUCAUCCCCAGAUGCUCACCCCAGAAGAGGUGGCAGUCCACAAGGCUGAACUGGUGGAUUACUUCAUGCGGGGGCCUGGGUCAGUCUGUGAGCUGGACUCACUGUUCUUCCAGGAGAGCACCAUGACUCGCUGCACUCAUGAGGAAUCCCCCUACGAGCUCCUGCAUGGUCAACCACACAUAUACGAGGAGGUGCUGGGCUUCAAGUUCCGCAUUUCUGCCGAUGCCUUUUUCCAGGUGAACCAGGCAGCUGCUGAGGUGCUGUAUGGCAAAGUGAGAGACUUGUGCGUCCCAAACCAUGAGGAAGGUGAAGGGAGAACAAAAGUGGGUGGUACUCUCCUAGAUGUGUGCUGUGGCACAGGUGCCAUUGGUAUUACUACAUCACCCAGAGUGGACAGAAUUAUUGGUAUAGAGCUCAUUGAACAGGCAGUGGAAGAUGCUAGACACAACGCAGCUCUCAGUAAUGUACUGAACUGUGAGUUUAUCCCCGGGAAGGCUGAGGUGGUGCUUCCUCGCCUUAUGUCUCAGUUGAGCUCGGCCGGUGGAAGCGUUGUGGCAGCUGUGGUAAACCCUGCUCGAGCUGGCCUGCACCAUAGUGUCGUCCAAGCUUUACGAAACCAAACUUCUAUCCGCAGGCUGGUCUAUGUUUCCUGUAAACCGGAUGGAGAAGCUAUGAGGAACUUCAGGGAGCUUUGUUGUGCUCCUGACCCACGGAAGAAACUCACAGGAGAGGCAUUUUCUCCAACUCUGGCUGUGCCUGUGGAUAUGUUCCCACAUACUCCUCACUGCGAACUGGUGCUACUUUUUGAGAGGUAGCAGAUUCUUUUUAUUCAGAGGAACCCUUCAACAACUACUCUGCUUUAGAAGGCUAACAAGGAGUUGAAUAAUGAUAAUGAUAAUGCAUCUACAAUAAACUUACAUCCAUGGUACACCCACACAGGUUAACUAUGGGUGGAGGAUUAGGUUUUAGAUUGAGUAGACCUCCUAUAAGGAUUGUGAAGUAGGUCUGAUUGAUUAAUCUAUUAAUUCUUUUGAUUAAUCAUUUGGCGUAUAAAAUAUCAGAAAAUAAACCCUGCAACGAACACUACUCUUGUAAAGCUUAAAGGAUAUGACUGUGUCAAAGAGAUGUUCAUUUGAUUGUGUGGUAUUCUUUGUUUCCACAUGUAACUAAAUCUCACAAGAUUUGAAUCUGGAAACCUCUCAUAGUGCAUCUCUUUGUCUGCCAUGUGGUAGCUAUAUUUGUGCAGUAGAGGGUGCCAUUAAAUCUAGCAAAUAUCCCAUUCACUCCAGUUUAUUAAAGAUCAUAUCAAGACAAGUUUACUGUAUGAGUGUAUGGGUUUUUUCCCCUCAGAGUUUACUACAGUUUAUGUGAUCAUACAUUGGAACAAGAUUGCUUUGGCUCAUGGGAUGUUAUUUUAUCUCUUGAGUGACUUAAUGGGAUGAUGAUACGCAUGCAUAAAAAUGUGAAGGCUGUGCCAGCAAUUUAACCAACAUUUUGAACAGAUGUGAAUAUAUAACAGGUAAGUAUCUUUUUUAUUGUGGGAAAGUGUCCUGUAUCUACCAAAAGGAGCAGAGUUGGACACAACCAUGUCAGACUAGACUUGUUUUUGUAAUAUUUAACUGAAGCUUACAAAACUGCAAAAUUGCUGUUUAAAAGGCACGCUGUCUGUACUAUUUUGGAAAUGGCUGACAUGCCAGACCAGUGGGGUUAAAGGGUAAAAUCAUGACUCACACAAAAAUAUGAAGGCUGUGUCAGGGUUUCCAGAAAGACUGGGAAAUUAAGUUGUUUCACCCCUACAGCACUGCCAGGGUGCUGGCAACGAGCAGUUGCAUAUUUUACUCCUUUGUGCUUCUGUUGUGGCAAACUUGACAUAACCAAAAUGUUAAAAGGUAAUGCUUCCACAACAACCACACAUUCCCCUUUGACUGCGCAACCAGUGAGUUUGGCUGCAAGCUCAAUCUCACCUCCACCUUCAUAGACCUCAUGUGCUCCCUAGGUUGGGCCAAGGAGGGUGUUAGGUUGAGAAAUAAAAAUGAUUUCUUGCAUGGUGA